GCCGUUCCUCACCUCCCCAGCCGCGGACUCCAGCUCUGCAGACAGCAGCAGCGAGUCUGCGCCGUCCUGCCACCGGAUCCGGGGAACUUGCGUCAUUUCUCUUUGCACCGCCCGGAUCCUCCCCAUGUGGACGGGGCCGCCUUCCUUCCGCGAAGCGUCCCCCGGAUCCGGCGUCCUUUUCAGACUGAGCCCCGCAGCCUCGGCCCGGCCGGCGAUGGAGUGCCCGCAUCUCAGCUCCAGCGUCUGCGGCGCCCUCGAUUCGUCGCGUUUCCAGAGCGGCUCGCCUUCCUCCUGGUGCUGCGGCGUUUGCCGGUCAAAUAAAAGUCCCUGGGUGUGCCUGACCUGCCUGAAUGUGCACUGCGGACGGUAUGUAAACGGACACGCCAAGAAGCAUUUCGAGGACUCGCAGGAGUCCGGCUGCCCACAAAAGAGGCCGUGUGAAAGGCAGGACAAGCACAAGGACAGGGACAGGGCACAGCACUCAGUUUGCAUGGACUGUAGCAGCUACAGCACCUUCUGCUACCGGUGUGACGACUUUGUGGUGAACGACACCAAACUGGGGCUGGUGCAGAAGGUCAGGGAGCAUCUCCAGAGCCUCGAGAACUCAGCCCUGGCACUGGAUUGCCACAGGAAGAGGAAACUUCUGGAAAGCCCCUCCGUCACCAGUAAACUUGUAAAAGAAUGUGGAGGAGCACCCUCUCAUACCGCCACGGGCCUCCGUAACCUUGGCAACACGUGUUUCAUGAACGCCAUCCUGCAGUCCCUCAGUAAUAUCCAGCAGUUCUGCUGCUACUUCAAAGAGCUGCCUGCAGUUGAAUUACGCAGCGGUAAAACUGCCGGGAGGAGGAUGUAUCACACACGGAGCCAGGGGGACACCAGCGUCUCGCUGGUGGAGGAGUUCCGGAAGACUCUGUGCUCGCUGUGGCAGGGCAGUCAGACGGCGUUCAGCCCAGACUCCCUCUUCUACGUCGUCUGGAAAAUCAUGCCAAACUUCAGGGGCUACCAGCAGCAGGACGCCCACGAGUUCAUGCGUUACCUGCUGGAUCACCUCCACCUGGAGCUGCAGGGGAACCACAGUAAGGCGGCCAGCGCAGCGCUCACCCAGGACGGGCUACAGUCCUCCUUGGCAGGAAAAUGCUGCAUAAACGGCACGUCGACGGUGGUGACGUCUGUGUUCAGCGGGGUGCUGCAGAACGAGGUGAACUGCCUGAUAUGUGGCACGGAAUCCAAGAAGUUCGACCCGUUUCUUGACCUCUCCUUAGACAUUCCAAGUCAGUUUAGAAACAAGCGAACAAAGAAUCAGGACAGUGGACCAGUCUGCACCCUUCAGGACUGCCUGCGCAGUUUCACGGACCUGGAGGAGCUGGACGAGACGGAGCUCUACAUGUGCCACAAGUGUAAAAAACGACAGAAAUCCACAAAAAAGUUCUGGAUCCAGAAACUGCCAAAGGUCCUCUGUCUACACCUGAAGCGAUUCCAUUGGACGGCGUAUCUCCGGAACAAGGUGGAUACUUACGUGGAGUUUCCACUGCGGGGCCUUGAUAUGAAGCGCUAUUUACUAGAGCCUGAGAACAUCGGGCCAGAGAGCUGCUUGUAUGACCUGGCUGCUGUUGUCGUCCAUCAUGGUUCUGGGGUCGGGUCGGGCCACUACACAGCAUACGCCAGCCAUGAGGGCCGCUGGUUCCACUUUAACGACGGCACGGUGACGCUGGCCGACGAGGACACCGUGGCCAAAGCCAAGGCCUACAUCCUGUUCUACGCGGAGUGCCCGGGCCGGUCCGGGGCCGAGCCCAAGCUGUGACCAGCACCGCUGCCUUCCGGCAGCUUCCCCGGCCAUUCCCAGCCACACGUGACCCACAUGACUUACCUCCAUUCCUCGUGCACUUUUAUCAAGUUGCUCUUGUGAUUUUUUUUUUCUUUUUUUUUAAAUUACACACACUUUUUAAAUUGGGUGAGAGCCGUCUGCUUCAGCUGAAAGAUCGUUAGAGACGACGCCUUUGUAGCGGUUUGUGUUACAUUCCCGUUGAAGCUCGUUAGAGGAAAUCCCUGCACCAUCAUGAAGAACGUGUCCCAUAGACUGAGACUGGCAAGGCCUGCAGGCCCUAUUCAUAACGCCUGAGCCUAGUGGCAGUACAUGAUCCCUGAAACUAAUUCCGACACUUUGUUUACCACACUUCUGAAAGUAGUUUAGAUUACCCCCGUCCUGCCCCCCCCCCCCAACCCAACAGUGUUUUAAACUGAGUGCAGAUCACGUAUACUUCAGACUGAAAGGCUUUUUUUUCCCACUAGUAUUUUUAAUUUCUCCGUGGCACAGGCGCAGUAGGGAGGACUACAGCAGUGGUAUGCGGGCUGACAGACUGCCUUAUGGGGGGGGGGGGGGGUGGUACUGUGGCAGAGAAAAGGCUGGGAAAUGCUGCUCCCUGGAGACGGUGCGUCAGCCGGCAGCCCCCCACACACACGCAGGAUUACGGUGUAUCUGAACGUAGGACAUUGCGGUGAUGUCAUCAGCCUUUCCCACAAGCCGCGUUAAUACCAGUACAGAUAUCAUUCUGAGUCCCAGUAACGUCCCUUUUUUUUGAACAUACAUGGACUUAUUAAAUAGUGUAAACUGUUGAAUUUUGAUUUCGUAGAAUCUUUUUUGACUGGGUAAUUUCAUUUCUGAAAUGUGAAUAAUUGCUCAUUAUUGUGCUGCUCUUGCACGGUAAUCAGAUUUCGGAAUAAAUUACCCAGGUACACUAAGAACCUCAGUCAAGCCUUUGCGCCAGUGCAGGAAUAUUUUUUAAAAUAAAAAUGUUUGAAUUCUG